GCUGAAUAUCGAGAUAUGCUGCUCGGCAUCCCGCUGUUGGGCGACCUCAACGUUGCGCGACUGAUCAUCUGCGGGGAUUCCAAUCUGGUAGUACGUCAGAUGCGGGGCGAGAUGGACUGCAAGUCGCCCGGGCUAAAGCUGCUGAGACGGCAGGCAUGGAACACACUACGAUAA